AUGUGUAACAUAUAUGAUAUUAAUUGUGUUGAGACAACAUUAUCGGGUGGUAUAAUUGCCGCGAUUGUGAUUGGUUCAUUAUCUGCUUUAGCUUGCCUUAUUGGUAUUAUUGUUGCCAUUGUUUGUGUUGUCAAGCGUAGCCAUCGUAAGCCAGCUGGUGGCGCUGUUAUACUACAACCCGGGCAAUAUCCGUCCGGUGGUUAUCCUCCUACUUUAAAUCAAGGUUAUCCAGCAACUGGGAAUUAUCAAAUGUCUGCUCCACCAUAUCAUUCACAAGCACCACCAACCACAACGACAAGUUAUGGAAAUACCUAA